UUCCCACUCCCCAACAUAUAUUUUUUUCCUUUCAUUUUUAUUAAAUAAUUAUUUUAUACAUAUUUUUUUAUAAAAGAAAAGAAAAGCUGACGUCACGUUACCUUUGACUCUUUCUCUCUCUUCCUUUAAACCCAAACCCACCUCUCUUCUACGUCUGCGACUCACUCUUUUCCCUUUCUCUCUCUCUCUCUCUCUUUCUCUUCUCCCACGAUUUUUUUUCUUCUCUCUUUCAGAUUCUUCUCUCCGGCGGUGGCGUCGGUCGUCCAACCGGUGGUUACUUUCACGGAAGAUGGUGAAAGAUGACUUAUGUAUUACAAUUCCCACCGAUUUCAGGUGUCCCAUCUCUCUAGACGUCAUGAAAUCCCCUGUAAGUUUAUGUACCGGAGUCACUUACGAUCGUUCCAGUAUUCAGAAAUGGCUUGAUAAUGGAAACAACACUUGUCCUGCCACCAUGCAGGUCCUUCAAACCAAGGACUUUGUACCUAACCACAAUCUCCACCGUCUCAUUCAGAUUUGGUCCGAUUCCCUUCACCAACGCCUUCACUCCCCUCUUUCUGACUCUUCUCUCUCCUCCGAUCAACUUCUCCGCCUCAUCAACCAUCAAUCACGUGCUGAUUCUCUUCCUCGCCUUCUCUCUUUUGCUUCUGAAUCCCUCGACAAUCGGAGGCUUCUCUCUGGAAUUGACGGACUCCUCCCCCUACUUGUCGAUCUUCUUUGCAAUGUCCAUGCCGGUGAUUUGCUUGACCAAGCGGUCAGGCUCUUGCAUUUGAUUCGGACUGAGAUUGGGGAUAAGGAGAGGUUUGUCAAGACCAUUUUGAAUACCGAUCGUAAUUCUAUUUCGUCUCUGCUUUUGAUUCUGCGCAAAGGAACCGUCGAAUUGAAAAUCUGUUCCGCUAAUCUCCUGGAAUAUCUCGCAAUCGACGCCGAAGCGAAGAUCCUAAUUGCAGAAACAGAUGGAUUGAUGCAAGAAUUACUCAAAUUAAUCAAUUCUCAAAACGAUACAACCCUAAUUGAAUCCGUACUAUCAUGCCUAAUUUCGAUUUCAAUGCCGAAACGGAUCAAAAUCAAAUUAGUACAACUCGGAGUCAUAAAAUCAGUAACCAAGCUUCUCUCGGAGUCGAACUCGAGUUCAAGCAGUUCGAUGACGGAGAAGCUUCUGAAAGUUCUAGAAACGGCAUCGACGGUGAGAGAAGGAAGAACAGAGAUCGGAGAAGACUCCGUAUGCGUAGCGGCGAUAGUACAGAAAGUGUUGAAGGUAUCGAACGCCGCGACAGAGCACGCGGUGACGACGCUGUGGAGCGUUUGUUAUCUGUUCAGAGACGAGAAGGCGGGAGAGGCGUUGACGAAGGCGAAUGGCUUAACGAAGAUAUUGCUGUUAAUGCAGAGCAAUUGCUCACCGCCGGUACGGCAGAUGGCGAGAGAUCUGUUGAAGAUUUUUCGAAUCAAUUCGAAAUCGUGCCUAUCGAGCUACGAUACAAAAACUACACAUAUCAUGCCAUGUUAAAGCCGAUUUGGUUUCGUCUUCAUCAUCAUCUUCCUCCAUUUCAAACCAUUUGGAUUUCUCUUUGUAAGUUAUUAUGGAGAUCUCUGGGGAGAGAUUUUACUCUUUUUUUUUUUUUUUUUUUUAAAUGGUCUUGUAAAUCAAAGAAAUUUUGUCAGUGAAUACAAACAAAAUUAUUCGAUUUUCAACUUCUGUUCUUUGCAUUUCCGUAUAA